AUGUCGUGUGCACCCACGCCCACUUUGACGAUAUAUUCGACGGGAUGGGCAUCGACAGUGUCAUCGUCGGCAUAUGUAUCCAACGAGGUUCACACAGUAACAUCACCAGUAAUCGUCACAUUCACCCGCUGUGAAGCCUACAACACUUCAGCCAGUGGCACACCUUGCCUCUCGUCGACGAUUGUCACGUCUACGAGCUACUCGGCGGUUGUCACCACUACACCGCACACGAGUUUUACUGCUGUCCCAGUCACCUUUUCGCAAGUCGUACCAGUAUCAACAGCAUAUCAGGAAUGUCCAGAUACUCCUCGUCCAGAUACUCCAGACGACGCUACGACAUCAACUACAACUACACCGCGUCCGUCGCAGAGUGUUUACACUUCUGUCUCAACACACUAUGUCCCAACCAUUGCUACCGUGACCACAACAAAUUCCACUAGAGACGAUCCCAGCCCAAGCAAUCAACCCCAACAAAAUAAGUCAAACCUCCCUGCAAUUAUAGGUGGAACAGUGGGCGGCAUUCUAGCCCUAUUGGGAAUCAUUGGCCUCAUUUGGUACAUUCUAUGGAGACGGGAGCAAAACAAGUUUUUGUUUGAUGACGAAGAGGACGAUCACAGCACGCAUUUGGCUCCUACUCUGGGGAGACAGAAGCGUAGGAGUGCCAACAUCACACAGGAGACCAAGGAGAACCGACCAUACAAUUAUGGCGUUGUUGGCGCAAGCCCAUCCCCGACGGCAUCCCCCGUGCCGCAUAGUCAAUACUCUUCGUUGGGAGGGUAUAGCCAUCGGCGGGAUACCUCUCGCGACCGCCUCAUGUCCUCUCCGCCCGGUUCCCCGAAUCGUUUAGAUGUUCCUCUGCCCGGAACUCAACGACGGACGUCUCAUUACAGCAGCGGCGUGCCCGAGUCGAUUAUGAUGACGGCCACAGGAGGCAGCACCAACACACGCACAAGCGAUGAUGCCCGAGGUCAUGAACGAGCAACUUCUGUGUCGCUCAUGGAUACUGCAAACGUCUAUCCUCCAGGCCAUGGCGGUUUCUACCAGCAGUAUGGUCCCAUGGAACCUGCUCAGUCACCAGUUGGGGCAUCCACAUCGCCACAACCUCCUCAAGGCCUAUCACCCUCCAACACCAUGCACAAACCACCUCUUGAUCCCUCACUAGUUGCUGCGACGCGACCCAUUCCAACCCAUCAAGCACUCGUGGCAGCCGCCGGUUUAUUGGGUCCUCUACCGCCUACGCCAACGACAACAGGACGUACUCCAGUGAUGGCUUCCCCACCCCCCGGUGCUGCUGGAGCUCGUCCGUAUACAGAGUGGAGAGAACAAGGAGACAUGCUUUCAGCAGUCAUGUCUAGUGGUGAUCAGGCAGCAGCAGGUGGCACAACUGCGCCAAACAAUGGGGCGGUUGGAUUUGGAAGGCAGAUGAGCCCCGAAAAGUCACCCCGAAGAGAGCUCGUGCGCUCUCCGGUGAUUCAGCAUCAGGAUGGAGGACGAGUUCCGGAUAAUGCGCCUACUACAGAACCUGCGAACGAGGCUCCCCCAGCUUACUCCCAGUCGUAG